UCCUACUACGGUGACCACAUGGUGCUGCAGAAGGAGCCGGCAGGGGCUGUGGUGUGGGGCUAUGGGGAGCCAGGGGCCAUGGUGACAGUGGUUCUGUCUGAGGACAGUGGCUUCAUUAUCUCCAAGAAGACAGUGCACAUUAAAGGACCUUCUGGGACAUGGACAACUGUCCUGGACCCUAUGGAUCCGGGUGGUCCCUACACACUGACAGCUAGGCAGGCCUCAGGGAAUGUGACACUGCGGGACAUCUACUUUGGGGACGUGUGGCUUUGCAGCGGGCAGAGCAACAUGGCAAUGACUGUCCUGCAGAUUGUCAAUUACAGCCAGGAACUCGCUGCUGCUGCUCACUACCCCCAUGUCCGCCUCUUCACCGCAGCACCUGCCCGCUCCGACCAGGAGCUGGAGGACCUGGAGCGAAUUGACCUGCCCUGGUCCAUCCCGACAGCUGAAAAUCUGGGCCGUGGGAAUUUCUCCUACUUCUCGGCCGUCUGCUGGCUGUUGGGGCGGUACCUGCACGAGGCCCUGGGCUACCCCGUGGGGCUGGUGGAGGCGGCCUGGGGAGGCACCCCCAUCGAGGCCUGGUCCUCCCCCAGGGCUCUGCGGGCCUGUGGGCUGCUGGAGGAGGCAGGGAGCCUCUCCCCCUGGCUGCAUCUCUCCGGCCCGCAAGCGCCUUCCGUGCUCUGGAACGCCAUGAUCCACCCCCUGCUUAACCUGACGCUACGGGGAGUCUUGUGGUACCAGGGAGAGGAAAACACACACCUGCACACAGACCAGUACAACUGCACUUUCCCAGCACUCAUUGCUGACUGGCGCCACGCGUUCCAUGCCGGAUCAGCUGGACAGAACCAGCUGCUUCUCCCUUUCGGCUUCGUGCAGUUGUCCACCUACCGGCGGCAGAGCCCUGACGACAGCUUCGCCCGACUCCGGUGGCACCAAACUGCCGACCUGGGAGUCGUUCCCAAUGCCAGGAUGCCCAGCACCUUCAUGGCUGUGGCCAUGGAUCUGGGUGAUGAGCACUCGCCCUACGGCAGCAUCCACCCCAGAGACAAGCAGACAGUGGCCCACCGGCUCCACCUGGGUGCCAGGGCUGUGGCCUACAGGGAGAAGAACCUAGUUUUCCAGGGUCCGUAUCCCACCCGUGCUAUCCUGGAUGUAACCAGGGCUCUGCUGAACGUCACCUACAGCCAGGAGCUGGUCUGGCGCAACAGGGACAUGCUGGCCUUCGAGGUCUGCUGCUCCAGCGGGUGGCUGCCAGCACCCGUGGUGACAGUGGAGUUCCACCAGGUGACGCUGGCCCUGGCCGGCUGUGGAACGCUGGUGCUGGGCUUGCGCUACGCCUGGGCCGAGUGGCCCUGUGACUACCAGUCCUGUGCCUUGUACAACGUCUGGGGGCUGCCCGCGCCCCCCUUCCUCCUGGACACCUCCCCAUCUGCCGGAGGGACAGAACUGCUGCUCUGCCCCAGCUCCAGGCUCUAA